UACAGUAGUCGGUGACUGAAAAGUAUCCAUCGUAAACGCAUAAAGUGGGACAACUUACUAACUUAACGACCAUUGUUCGGUGCUACUUACAAUAAUGGGACUUGACGUGGAACUUUUCGUGGAUUCCGUGGACCCCGACUUCAGGUGCAGGUUAUGCACCAAAGUUCUGGAGGACCCUAUGUCCACACCGUGCGGACACGUUUUCUGUGCGGGCUGUAUACUACCUUGGUCUGUAAAACAGCGGCAGUGCCCGCUGUACUGCAAGCCCAUUUCUGCAAAGGAGCUUCACCAGGUCCUGCCAUUGAAAAAUCUCAUUGAAAAACUCAUCAUCAGAUGCUUGUAUCACUCCCGAGGCUGUAUAAAAAAAGUUAAAGUUCAGGACUUGGGGUAUCAUACAGAAAUGUGUGACUAUAGUCCGUCUCGGUGCAGAAAUAAAGGGUGCAAUGAAGUGCUCAGCUUGAAGGACAUGGACACGCACAUGAGGGAGAGCUGUGACUGUAGACCGGUUGAGAUGUGUCAGAAUGGGUGCGGGCUACUUUUGCUCCACAAAGACAUUGUGCACGGAAAUCACUGCUGUUUGAAUGCACUGCGAGCCCAGAGUGGGGCCCUGCAGGUGAAGAGCGCUAACGUGGAGCAAGCAGCCAAGAGACAGGGCAUCAGGUUGGCCAGAAGAGAAAACUCGCUGCUGGCUCGGGUGUCAGCCCUUCAAAAUGAAGUUCAUCUCACUGCACUAACAUACCAAAUGAGGUUUAACCGAUAUAAAAUCUACAUCAACAAUUUAAGUAAACACGUAACCGGGCGUUGCAAGGGAGGAGAAUUACAGCGACUGAGUAUAGCCCUCCAUAGGGAGAAGGACAGUCUAGGAUUCAAUAUCAUUGGAGGAAUAUUACUUCAGGAAGAGUCUACGCCUGAAGGGAUUUAUGUGUCGAAAAUUUUGGAAAGGGCACCAGCUGACAAGGCAGGACUGCAACUGCAUGACCAAAUCAUUGAGGACCACUGCAAUGCAGGAGUCACAGACCGUCCACCCCCUCAGAACUCUGCAAGAGAAUUCCCUACCUGAACUAGCAGUCUGGCUUUUAUUUUCAAAGCUUCUCUCUUCAAAAAAUGAAUUCACUCUAUUAAAAGAUUAACAGGAAAACCCUUAAAAUAAGUAACUGAACUCUUAAUAGUUUUUUUAAUUUCUGGUCUUUAAUGUGUAAUUGUAUUCUAUGCCACUUGGGAGUGCUGCAGUCCAGUCUUGACCUUUCCCAAGCCUGCUUUGCUAAUCAUGUAAAAGUUAUAGCUAUCAUAAAUGUCUAAAUCUUAAUC